UGGGAUUUGUUUUGUUUGACGUCAAUCUACCGCGCCCCCUCCAGGAAGGGAACCGAGCUUUACUUUAAAAACACAUACAGUAUAGAAUGAAAUGCAGUCUUUUGUUCCCAAUUCAUCUGCGUGCCAUUGAACGCACCACCAAUUCGCGUACAGAUGCGUGAAGGAGUUUGAAGGAGAAGAGGAAAACACAAAGUUGAGCAAAGACGAGAAGAAUAGCUGACGCCAGGGCGACAUUUUUGAGGAAGUAGGAUGGUGGUGCCAUACGAUGGCCAGACCUUUGCCAGUCUGAGGAUGAAUGCUCUCCAGAAUGGACGCCUCUUUAAGGACCCUCGCUUUCCCGCCUCCGAUAAGUCGCUCUUCUACCAGAACAACCGCAUCGGUGACGUCAUCUGGAAGAGGCCACAGGAGUUAUGCGACAACCCACGCCUCUUUGUGGACGGUAUCAGCGCCCACGACCUCAACCAGGGUCAGCUGGGGAACUGCUGGUUUGUGGCGGCCUGCUCCAGUCUGGCCUCACAGGAAGUACUUUGGCGGAAGGUGAUUCCCGACCAUAAGAACCAGGUUUGGCACAACACUUCCUACGCUGGGAUCUUCCACUUCCGCUUCUGGAGGUUUGGCAAGUGGGUGGAUGUGGUUGUUGACGACCGGCUGCCCACCGUGAACGGAAAGCUGAUCUACUGUCACUCAAACGAUCCCAGCGAGUUCUGGAGCGCUCUGGUGGAGAAGGCCUACGCCAAGUUAUGCGGGUGCUACGAGGCGUUGGACGGGGGCAACACGGCCGACGCCCUGACGGACUUCACUGGCGGCGUGUCGCAGCUGAUUAACCUGACGGAAAUUGCCACGAAGAACGAUGGGGAGAAUAGCAAGGAGUUGUUUGAGAGAGUCCUCAAAGUCCACAACAGAGGAGGCCUCAUCAGCUGCUCCAUCAAGGUGACCAACACCAACAACAUGGAAGACAAGUUACCCAGCGGCCUGGUCAUGGGCCACGCCUACGCGGUGACGGACGUUCGCAAGGUGAAGCUGGGUCGCGGCUUGAUGGCCACACUCAAGUCUGAAAAAGUCAACAUGAUCCGGAUAAGGAACCCCUGGGGGCAGAGCGAGUGGACGGGAGCCUGGAGCGACAGUUCUGACGAGUGGAAACAGGUCAGCAAGAGCGAGAGGGAGGCCAUGUGCGUCGUCGUGCAAAAUGACGGCGAGUUCUGGAUGAACUUUGAUGACUUCAUCACCAACUUCACAGACCUCAUCAUGUGUCGCCUCAUCAACACGUCCCAUGUUAGCCUUCACAAGACCUGGGACGAGGUUUUGGUGCGCGGCUCCUGGCGGAAGGACAAGAAUGCGAUGCGGAACCGAGCCGGGGGCUGCGCCAACAACAAGGAGUCUUUUCUCCAGAACCCUCAGUACAUGUUCAAAGUGAAGAAGUCCGUGGACGAGGUUCUCAUCAGUCUGCAGCAGAAAGACCGUGUAGCCACAGAGAAAGAAGAACAACGACAGAACCUGGCCAUCGGCUUUGACAUAUACAGGGUGGAGUUGAACAGGAAGUUCCGUAUGCACGCCCCCCAGCAGAAGGUCGGCGGCAGCACCUACAUGAACUCCAGGUCCGUUUUCCAGCGCACCGACCUCAAAUACGGCCGCUACGUCGUCAUACCCACCACCUAUGACGCCAACCUGGAGGGGGAGUUUCUGCUGCGCAUCUUCACAGACGUGCCCUGCCACUGCAAGGAGCUGACUGCGGACGUGCCCCGACGCACCUGCUGCUCCUGUCUGUGUGGUAGUUACCCUUCGUUGGUCACUCAGGUGCACGUCCUGAAGGCUGAAGGACUCGCUGUAGAAGCCUCUGAAACAAGUACACUACACUUUAUGUCCAUUAAGAGACCAUUUUUGUUGUUAUUUUUAUUUUAUAUAAUAUGUAUUUGGCGUGUGUGUGCAGAUUAUAACCCAUACGUGAUCAUUAGCUGUGAAGGAGUCAAAGUUCGUUCCAUUUUCCAUCAACGCACACGCAGUCCUGUCUUUGACACAAAGGCUGUCUUCUACAGGAAGAAACUCAACCAGCCAAUCAGCAUUGAGGUGUACAGCCACAACAUGAUGAGGGACACCUUCCUGGGCCUGGUGACGGUGUCCACCGAGUCAGGUGACAUCGAGGAGACGUUGCAAUUAAAGGAGAACGCGAAUAGCGGUGCCAACACCCUCCCUGGCACCAUCACUAUUGCCGUGGUGAGCAGCGCGAUGCUCAACGGCAUCUGAGAGGUCAUUUACAAAGCUUUAUCCCAAAAAGUUUCAGCGACAAUUUCCUUUACCUGCUUUUUUAUCUUUAAAAAAAAAAAAAUCAGUUACAAAGUUUUACAAAGUGUCUAGUUUACUUUUUUAAAAAGGUAUUGCUUUUUAAUAACCACUUUGCUAUUUUUAAUGUAUGUUAUCCUCACACUUGCCUACAAACGCUAUUUAAAUCAAAAGUCAUUGGAAAAGCAUCAAGCCGCUCAUUUUUUCAGUUGUGUUGCACAAUGUGACCAAAUGAAGGCGUUCAAGUUGUACACUUUGUUGUAGACUUGUGGGAAACUAAUGGCGCAUUAACUUUUCAUUUUCACUGUCGUAGGCGCUAUGACAACCACUGUUUGCCAUCAUUUCAUUGUGUAUGCUCGUGCCAACAUAAAAGUCAUCUUUUUACC